GCUCAAGUCCUGGCAGGUUGCUGCGGAUCGUUUGGCAGAGGUCGGCGGCAUGCCACGCUGCUUCGACAUGCCCACGGCGGCAUCGCAGCUGCGAAGCUUUGCGGAAGAACAGGACAGCAUGGCUUUCGUGCGGAAACCCGAAGGCGCCUGGGGCGGCCGUGGCAUUGAAAUUCGCUUCGGCAUUGAGCAUCUCAUUCCAUCGGCCGAGAGCGAAGCCUCGGCUGGCUGCGACUUUCAAGUCCUGCAGGAUGCUCAGUGCCUGGGUUUGGGCGAAGCGCCGCCUGCAGCUUCAGCCACGGAAGAGGCGUGUCGAGAGACAUGUUGCAACAUGGGCCUGGCAUGCGAAGCUUGGAAUUGGCGCCAGGCGGAAGGAUGCUGGGUCGGCUCCCCUCGCUACUGCACCGCUUCCAAUCCCCUUUACUUGGGCGGCUGGCGUGGUGGCCGACGCCUGCCAACUGUGGCCUCCAGCACGGCGGCGCAGAGAGCGGUUGUACAACAGUACAUUGUGGACCCCGUUCUGUACCAGUUGGAGGGCGUCUCACCAGCCAUCACCGUGAAGACUGACAUUCGAAUCUAUGGCACGGUGGUGUCCAUGGAUCCUUUCAGAUUCUAUAUCAGUGAGUACGGCUAUUUCCGCUCGGGUUUCCUUGAAAAGAACUACUCGGCCCAGUGCGACGAGGAUUUCAAGGAGCCCUUGAUGCACGUGACCCAUCACAUCCCAAAGAUCGAGGGUGGGACCUAUCAAUGUCCAACGGCUCCCAGCUGGAAUCAUCCGGAGGGUGCUGAGCACGAUGCCGGCUCGGGAGGUGCGAACAUGGGGACCGGUUUUGAUGGACUCACACCAAUCAAGAGAUCAACAUAUGGAGGUUUUAAAGACAGUGAUUCGGGGCCAACCUGGGAUAGAUCAUACAUACAUACGUACAUACAUACAUACAUACAUACAUAUAUAUAUAUAUAUAUAUUACCAGUAGUACUGCGCAAGGCGGUGGUGGAAGUUUCAAAGAUAGGACGCUAUAGGGGAGGUGAGUUGCUGUGA